AUUAAAUUUUAAAUUUGAGGGACUUUAAUGCACCUAAUGUUGGUAUGUCUUGGCACAUUGUGACAAAGUGACAACAUAGCACUGUGCUGUAAAUUGAAAAAUCCACGAAUCAAUUCGAACCGGUUCUAACCACAAAAAUUUUCCUUAAAAAUGCCUGUUAGUAGCGGAGUAUCGUUUGUGUUGUCAUCUAUUUUAACAGUUCUCGUAUUUUCGGGAAUGCAAAUAUAUAAAGCUUCCCUGGCAUCGUCACAGGUUUAUACAAUAUUGGGAGGAUAUAUUGGAUCUAUAUUGUUUUUGUGUGUAUUAACUGCAAUAGGAAACUUGGAAGCAACAAUAUUUGGCAAAUCUUUUCAACAAAAAUUGUUUCCUGAAGUUAUCUUUUCAUUGAUAAUCAGUUUAAUUGCAUCAGGUUUAGUACAUCGUGUGGCAAUUACAACGUGCUUCCUGUUUUCUAUGAUUGCAUUAUACUAUAUCAAUCGAAUUUCCCAAGAAACAUAUGCUGCUCCAGUACCUACAGUCUCAGUUCACACAAAGAAAAGAAAGUAAAAGAAUCAUAGAAACUCAGAGUAAUUUAUCAAUCAUUACAUUACUGCACUUUUAAAAAACUAAUUAUUCUUGUAACUAUAUUAACUUAUGAAUCUUUGCAUAAAAUUGUUUUGUUAUUAUUGA